AAUCAGAUCUAAAUACGUAGAAUGGUAGAAGCGCGCGGGAGUUCAACAGCGAGUCAUUGUGGAUUAUUCGUAUUUUUAUACGGUCUAUGGGAUUAUUGCAGUUGUGUGCUGCAGUUUUUCGCGCCUCUGUGUCAGACGGAUCAUUUUAAAAAUAGGAGUUGUAAAAUGCCUUUAACUACAGAAAUCAAUGCUUCUCCCAGUUACGACGGAAAAGAGCACUGUGGGGUUAGUUGUCCAACUGAGAAAAAUUUGUUUUCUUUAUUUUGCGACGAACGAGGCUAUUUGAAUCAGGUUGAAUACAUUCUGCAGCACGGUUCAAAAAAAGGAGAUCGCACAGGAACAGGGGUCAUUUCGGUAUUUGGCUCACAGGCACGAUACAGUCUCAGGGAUCAAUUUCCUUUGCUGACAACGAAGAGGGUUUUCUGGAAAGCAAUCGUAGAAGAACUGUUGUGGUUUAUUAAAGGGUCAACAAAUUCCAAAGAGCUGUCGGAGAAAGGUGUGAAAAUUUGGGAUGCAAAUGGAUCCCGUGAUUUUUUGGACAAGAGUGGAUUUACUAACAGGGAGGAAGGGGACUUGGGCCCUGUUUACGGUUUCCAGUGGAGACACUUUGGUGCUGAAUACAAAGACAUGCACUCAGAUUACACCAGACAAGGAGUAGACCAGCUGCAGAAGAUCAUUGAUACCAUAAAAACCAACCCUGAGGACAGGAGGAUCAUUAUGUGCGCUUGGAAUCCAAAAGACCUGCCCCUGAUGGCCCUGCCCCCCUGCCACGCCCUGUGCCAGUUCUAUGUGUGUGAUGGGGAGCUGUCCUGCCAGCUGUACCAGCGGUCCGGAGACAUGGGGUUAGGUGUGCCCUUCAACAUCGCCAGCUAUGCCCUGCUCACGUACAUGAUCGCCCACAUCACUGGGCUGAAGCCUGGUGACUUUGUGCACACUUUGGGAGACGCUCACAUUUACACCAACCACAUCGAGCCUCUGAAAGUCCAGCUCCAGAGGGAGCCCCGGCCCUUUCCCAAGCUGAAGAUCCUACGCACUGUGGAGAGCAUUGAUGAUUUCCGGGCUGAAGAUUUUGAAAUAUGCGACUACAAUCCUCAUCCCACUAUUAAAAUGCAAAUGGCAGUUUAAGCAUAUCCAGGAAUAUGAAUGGGCUGUGUGCAUACAUGCCACAUUUGUUUGCUUUUUAGGUAUCCAUAAGUAAAACCUAGGAAGAAAUGUUUAUUACUAUAAGUAUUGUUUGUAAAUUGUUAAUUUGUUUGUGUAAUAUUGUGCAAUUACUACAGAAGAAAAUCAAGCACUUCACCUUUCUUAGAUCAAACCUUAGAAAAACAUUGUUUGAAAAUGUGAAGCAUCACUUAAAACUUUCUGCAAUUAAGUUCCAUCUAAAAUUCAACCUACAUAGCAGCAGCAGCAGCAAAUGCCCUUUACUUGCCCUUUUCAUAUCAAUGCACUCGAUCAGAAUUCCUGGCUAUCACUGAAUCACUCAUUUUAAUUAAGUGCUGAGAAGUGUCCUGGAUGGCUGGGCUCUUGGUCAGAGGCUCUGCCACACCUCCCCCUGGGGAUACUGGUACCGCUUCACCGAUUCCUCCAGCAUCUCUGUGGAGUACCCUGGGUCCUGCAGAAACGGCACAGUUCCCUUUCCCUUUAAGAAGCAUUCUGAGCCACCACACAGUGACAACUGGGUUAAAACACAUUCGCAAUCCAGUGUCUCCACCCAUGCUGUACAUACUCAUAAUUUGAUUUGGAAGAAGUAAUUCAUGUUUUGCUGUAUUGGCCAGAUCUUUAUUCUGCAUCUUGGUUUCAAAUGUUGCAUUGCUCUGUCAUUAAUGUCUACCAAAAUGCUAUACAUUUCUAGUGUCCCUAGCCCACUAAUUAAAUGUAUUGAGAAGGUUUGGCACUUUAAUAAAAACUUUGGCAAAGUUAACUCAC